AUGGUCUCGUCUGCUGUUGGCGAUGAAGCACUCCUAAGUCCCCAGUCGAUUGAAGCAACAAAAGAGGAUCCAGGAUGCGUGGUCUUUCUGAAGGAGAAUUCCAGUGUCUGGAAGAACACAGCAAAGCUCGACACCUUGUUGGGUGCGGGAUUUCUAGAGGCCGGCAAAGUCGUGUCAGCCGUGUGCCAUGGUCCUGCUGCCCUGGCCAAUGUCAAGUUAUCGAAUGGGACCUACUUGAUUGCAGAACAGAAUUUCAUUGGCAUCUCUGAUGUGGAGGAAGACAUUAUUCAAUUUAGUCGAGAUAUGUCCUUCUUGCUGGAGACGGAACUACGCAAGUAUGGAGGAAUCUAUGAGAAGGCCGUUGGCCGCUUUGGCGUCAAGGUUCUCACCAGUGGAGAGAACGGCAAGUUGUAUACAGGUCAGAACACGUCGAGCUCCGCACUUGUUGGCGACAAUAUCAUCAGAGCUGCUGGGAUGUACUUUGCUGAUGCUACUAAGCAAUACCUCUUUUAG